GAGUUGGAGCGCAGCCGUGUUGAAGCAUAAACACAGCGAUGGCAGCUCAUCUGAAGAAACGAGUUUAUGAGGAAUUCUCUAAAGUUUCUCAGCAGGUGACUCUCGAGGAGGUUCCUUCAAAGAAGCUUCGGCUGACCAAACCCAGUAAAUCUGCGGCUCUUCACAUUGACCUGUGUAAAGCCACCAACCCCACAGACGCCCUGCAGUACCUACUGAGCUUUGCACGCAAACCUGUGGAGGCCGAGAGCGUGGAGGGAGUGGUGCGCAUACUGCUCGAGCACUAUUAUAAGGAGUCUGAUAACUCGGUCAGGCUGAAGAUCGCAUCUCUGCUUGGUUUAUUAUCAAAAACACAAGGCUUUGCUUCAGACUGCAUAGUGGAUGAUGCUAUAAACACGCUGAACUCUGAAAAGUCUCAUCAGGUUCUGGCGCAGCUUCUGGACACUCUGCUGAUCAUCGGUACUCAACUCCCUGACAAGAUCGCUGUCAUUCAGAGGCUCAUAGAUGUAGCGUGCAAGCAUCUGUCGAGCACUUAUUUUGGUGUGAGAAAUAAGUGUCUCCAGCUGCUGGGCUGUCUAGGUACAGUUGAUAAGCCUCUCAGUAAAGAGACUGAUGCGGCAGCCGGAGCACAAACAUCUGCCGUACGGGAUGUGCUGAGUGUGAUCAGCGACUAUUUUCAGGAUCAGGACCCUCGUGUUCGCACCGCCGCCAUCAAAGCCAUGCUGCAGCUACAUGAAAGAGGGAUGAAAAUUCAGCAGACUAUUUACACCCAGGCCUGUAAGCUCUUGAGUGAUGAUUAUGAGCAGGUUCGUUCGGCAGCAGUGCAGAUGGUUUGGGUCCUGAGCCAGCUUUAUCCCGAGAGUAUUGUUCCCAUCCCAUCUUCCAAUGAGGAGAUUCGGCUGGUGGACGACUCCUUUGGGAAGAUCUGUCACAUGGUCAGCGACGGCUCGUGGGUGGUCAGAGUGCAAGCUGCAAAACUGCUGGGUUCGAUGCACCAAGUCAGCCCUCACUUUCUGGAGCAAACUCUGGACAAGAAGCUGAUGUCCGAUCUCAGGAGGAAACGCACUGCUCAUGAGCGAGCCAAAGAACUGUAUGCUUCUGGAGAAUUUUCAUCUGGACGCCGGUGGGCCGAUGACGCUCCCAAAGAAAAGGUCGACACUUCAGGCGUAAACCUCAUCGACUCUGGAGCCUGUGGGGCUUUUGUUCAUGGCCUGGAGGAUGAGAUGUAUGAGGUGCGUAUCGCUGCAGUUGAGGCCUUGUGUUCUUUAGCCCAGUCGUCACGAAGCUUUGCAGAGAAGUGUCUGGACUUUCUGGUGGACAUGUUUAAUGAUGAAAUCGAGGAGGUGCGUCUGCAGUCCAUCCACGUGCUGCGGCAGAUCUCUACACACAUCACCCUCAGAGAAGACCAGCUGGAUACUGUCCUCGCAGUACUCGAGGACUCGUCGCGGGACAUUCGCGAGGCUCUGCAUGAGCUGCUGUGCUACACUAAUGUGUCCACUAAAGAGUGCAUCCAGCUGGCCCUCCUGGAGCUCCUGAAGAACCUCACCAAAUACCCCACCGACCGCAACUCCGUCUGGAAAUGUCUGAAGUUUCUGGGUGCUCGACACCCGACCCUGGUGCUGCCGAUUGUCCCAGAGCUGCUGAGCACACAUCCAUAUUUCGACACUCCAGAGCCGGACAUGGACGACCCUGCCUACAUCGCUGUUUUAGUUCUGGUCUUCAACGCUGCUCAAUCAUGUCCCACGAUGCCUGCGCUGUUCUCAGAUCACACGUUUCGACAUUACGCCUACCUACGGGACAGCUUAUCCCACCUCGUACCACACCUCAGGCUGCCGGGCAGAAAGCAGACGGCUAGUUCAGGUGUGGAGGCAUCCGGUGUGGGUUCAGGCAGUCUGGAGUCAGCACAGAACUUCCUCCAGGACAGUCUGGUUCGGGUCAGCGCUCUUCAAAACCUGGAAACACCUGGUGCACAGGAUCUGCUGGAGUUUACCAUCAGAGAUCUGCUGCGGCUGGGAGAGCUGCAGACUGAGUUGGCCGGAUCUGCAGAUUUCUGUGCCACAUACCUGCACUGCCAACUACUGCUAACUAAGGCUCUUCAGGAGAAGUUAUGGACCAUGGCUGUUCCUCUCUGUCUGAAACAGAACGCCAAAGUUUCAACAGCCACUCGACAGAUCCUGGACGAGACCUAUAAGCUGGAGUUCCUGUACAGCGGUCUAGAGACGCAGCAGAUCGCCACCAUUCACAACGUCCGGCUGCAAGCGAAAGCGCUACAGCUCAUCCUCACGGCUCGAUCCAAACGAGGAGUCGAUCGAGUUCUUGGUGUUUGUGAGAAAUUCCUGCAAGACGUGGAGUCAUUCCAGAGGCUCUUCAUGACAGAGUUGCCCCAUUUUCAGGACAGUUUUGUGGAGAAGCUUCUAGAGUUGAUGCCUCGGCUGACAGCCUGCAAACCUCUUGAUCUGGUCAAAAUCCUUCAAACCACACUGCGGCAGAGCAGAUGCAUCCAUCUCAAACUACCUGAGCAGAUCCACAGGGCAUCAGCAACGAUUAUUGAGCCGACGGGAGAAUCUGACAAUCCUCUGAGAUUCACCUCAGGUCUGGUGGUGGCAUUAGAUAUUGAUGCUACUCUUGAACAUGUGCAAGACCCACAGACAUCAGUCAAAGUGCAGGUUUUGUAUCCAGAUGGACAGUCCCACAUAAUCCACCCCAAACCUGGAGAUUUCAGGACUCCAGGACCAGGCCGUGUGCGACUGAUCACUCAGGUUUAUCUCUCACAUUCUGCAUGGACAGAGCCGUGUCAGAUUGAAGUGCGUCUGCUUCUGGCCUACAGCUCCAGCAGCAGUAAACUCUCCUCCUCUAAACCUGCGUGGAACGAGAGUAUGGACGGCCUGCCCACCAGCGAGAGCUCCAUCGAGGGCACAAUACACCUCAGCAAACCAGUCAAAGUGUUCAUCAUGCCCAAACCAGCCCGCCGCUGACACUGGAGCCCAGGCAAAACACACACAACCAGUCUAAGAUUUUUAAUGUGUAUUGUGCUCACCAGGACUGCAUUUAUUUGAUCAGAAAUACAGUAGAACAUUCUGAAUUAUUAUUACAAUUUUAAAUAACUGUUUUCUUAUAUAAUGUGUUUUUUAAAAAUAAACAUUUUAAUUUAUGUCAGAGAUUUAAAGCUGAAUUUUCUGCAUAAUUACUCCAGUCUUAAGUGUCACAUGAUGCUUAAGAAGUCAUUCAAAUAUAAGAAGGAAUAUUGUUAUUAUUAUUAUUAUUAUUAGUGUUGAAAACUGUUCGGCUGCUUCAUAUUUUUUUGUGGAAAUUAAUAUACUGUUAAAAAAAACAUUAAAAAUGUAAUAAUUUAUUCAUCAAGGAGACUUUAAAUUGUU